AUGGCAGCCCAAGAGACAGCAGAGAGCAGCAGUACGCGGACGCUACGAGGCGCGUCACUCUUGAUUUUGCUGCAGGUUGUUUCGCGUGCCAUCACCUUCAUCGCGAACCAGCUGCUCCUGCGCUUCUUGACAGCUCAGCUGCUUGGCGUGUCGGCCCAGCUCGAGGUAUACUACUUAUCCGUCAUUUUCUUCGCACGUGAGAGUCUGCGGGUUGCCAUUCAAAGACAGGACUCCUCUGACGCCUCUUCAUCGAAACCACCACCGUCGAAAGGCAGCAGCACUAAGCCAGAAAAUGGCACCAACAAAUCCGCCCAAGCCGUUGUCAACCUCGGAUACAUCUCCCUUGUCCUUGGUAUCCCGCUCCCUAUCUUCUUCGGAUGGCUCUAUCUUAACUCCCUGAGUUCCGCCACACUCUCAUCGGCGCCUAACCUGAUCAUCUCCCUCUACAUUUACGCCAUUGCCGCCGCGGUAGAGCUCAUCUCAGAGCCCGCCUUUGUCGUCAUGCAAAAUCGUCUGCAGUUCGGCACCCGCGCGACGGCCGAGUCAGUCGCCACCUUCUUGCGCUGUCUCGUCACUCUUGGUUCCGCCGUAUGGGGCGCCAACGCGAACCGCGAACUCGGCGUCCUUCCUUUCGCCUUGGGCCAACUUAGCCACGGAAUUGGGCUGCUUGCCGUGUACCUCUGGCAUGGCACACGGCUUGCCAAGAAGGAGAACUUCUCCCUCCUGCCAAAGCGCAUCUCCGGCAACCCUCCUCCCAUCAACCGAGCAAGCCAGCCAACCAAGAACCUGGCAGUGGAAAGCCCACAAUUCAUCCUAUCCUACUUCUACCGCCCCACCCUUCAGCUUGCGUCAAGCAUGAUGGCCCAGAGCGUAGUCAAACACCUCCUGACCCAAGGCGACACCUUCCUGGUCAGCAUCCUGUCCAGCCCAACCGCGCAGGGCGUCUACGCCCUGGCAAACAACUACGGUGGCUUGCUCGCCCGGCUCGUCUUCCAGCCCGUCGAGGAGAGCAGCCGGAGCUACUUCAGCCGGCUGCUGGCGUCCGAGUCUCCGACCGCCACCACCAACCAACCUACCAAGCAGACCUCGGCAGCCGCCCAGCAGGCCGCAUCCGCCCUGCAGUCCCUUUUCAAGGCCUACUCUCUCCUCUCCCUGGUAAUAACCGCCCUGCUCCCACCCACAGCCCCCCUCGUGCUUGCGCUGGUAGCGGGGCCGCGCUGGUCCGGUUCCGGCGCGGGCGCCUGCCUCGCCGCGUACGCCUGGUACAUCCCGCUUCUCGCCAUCAACGGCGUUGCCGAGGCGUUUGUUGCUUCAGUGGCGACCGAGGCCGAGGUGCAUCAGCAGUCGGCUUGGAUGGGUGUGUUCAGCGUCGUGUUUGGCGCGGCCGGGUUUCUGUUUUUGCGGGUGUGGGAUAUGGGCGCCGUCGGCCUGGUGCUGGCGAAUGGGAUUAACAUGGCUUGUCGGAUCGUGUGGUGCGGGGUCUUCAUCUUGAGGUUCUUCAGGCGGAAGGGGGUGAUGGGUUUGGGGCUUUUGGACGUGUUACCUAACCCGGUGGCGUUUCUAGCCGGGGUGAUUACGUCGCAAGCGCUAAAGAUGUCUGUACCUGUCGUAGAUGCGGAGGGACCAGCGGCAGGAAAUGCUCGAAAGCUUAUUGUUGAGCUCUUCAAGGCGGCGGCCGUCGCGGUACCGUUUCUCAUGGUUGUUGCCGUUUCUGAACGCGAGUUCCUAUACGAGGGCAUCCAGACACUCAAGGGGACGCGCCAAAUCAAGUCGCCAUAG